AAAUAAAUUAUGAAGAUGCCGAUCGAUGAUCAAGAUGGCUGAAUUCCGCGGAUUGAAAUAUGAUAAAUUAUCAUAUUUCAGCACACUGUGCUUUAUAAUUUUGAUAAAUGCCUCAAUGACAUUCGAAGCUUUAAGCCCUAGUUAUGAAAAUGUGACAGAAUCAAUUGAACCUGGUUAUUUAUUCGCCAAGUUUGCUUCGAAGUUAUCGGCACUCAAUUUCAGAGUCGCCCGUCGCAGCAACACCGAUGCACAGACGCAGACUGACGGGGGUCGUGGCCGUGCCCGUGGGCCUGUGGCUGGGCAGUGCAAGAGCCAGCUGCGGGAAGACAUUGCAAGUGAGAUCGGACCCUGGACAAGUCGCACGCCAGAGGACCGGGGACGCCGUGCCUUGAAACCAGGUAGGGCCUCUUCUGCUCAGCCUGCCAGCACAGUAGCGGUCAUUCCGUCUUCUGUCUUCAAUAAUUCCCAGUUUCGUCAAAUGAUCAGGUCGCAAUGCAGGAGUGAAUUUCCAAAUUGCUACAGAAACAAAGCCAGCGUACUCCAGAAGGUGGUUACAGACUACACAAACUUUGCGAAAGGAUGGCUGCCAAAUUGUAAUAUCACCCGAGAAUGUGCAAGCAUGGCAGAGCGAGGGAGAACAGAAAAGUGGUUGAAAUCAAGAUGGACACGCAUAGCUACAAACCGAUCAGCAAAUCUGCCGGUCUGUUAUGAAAUGGAGGAUUUGGAAGAGUUAUCGCCAGAACGUGUGGAUGGAUGGUGGUUUGAUUUUUGCUGCUUUACUGGAGCCAUCUGCAAUCCAUUCACCCCAGCAGGAUGGGGCAAGCUUUUGGUUGGGGACCCUGAUUCAGCGCAUCAAGUAUCUCAGCAUCUGAGUAUCUUGCAUAACUCAACUUGCUCUACAGAGGGCAGCAGACUGGUUGGAGAAGUGGGCCUGGGAAGCUGUGAGAUUGAUACCAUUGCUGCAUGGAAUGUGCUCAGUGGACCAAACCUUGCCGAGAUCCAGUCUGAGGCAGUGGCAUCUCUUAUUCGUUGUAGCCCAGGAAUGUGGAUAAAUCCAGUAAGAACCUUUGAGGCUCUGUUAAACAAGCUGACAGCAUCAGAAGUCAAGACUGUCCAUGCCAUGUUUGAUGCCCAUAUCAGUGCACAGAAAGGAUCAACCUCACCACAGAUAAUGAACUCACAUUCAAGUUCGCCCAUUAUGAAGCGACACGAGUUUGAGCUGACCCCGAGGGCGGUGUCCGGUAUCGUGGUGGUGAUCAUCCUCAUCUCCCUGAGCAUCUUGGUAGCAUCAUGGGCCAUCUACCAGAAGGUCCAGUCUUGGAGACAUCCCAGGAACCACAUCCAGUACGCUCCUAUCGUCAUGCAGGAUGAUUUCCUGGAUGUAGGCAGCCAGGAGGAGAUGGAGACCAUUGGUUCUUGGAGCAGGGUAGAGGACCUAGGACCUGACUCGGAUACAGAGGCGGGCCGCUGGGGUCGUGGAGAAGGUGGGACAGGGUGAUGAUGAAUCCAUUCGGAUUGAUGUCAUUUUUUAUCCCUUUUUAUCUCUUUCUUUUUUUAGCGAUUUUGUACUUAUUUAUUCAAAAAUGUUUUUUCUAAAACAUACUGCUUAGCCCUGUGGCAUAAGAGAUACCAUUAUUGUUCAAUAAAGCAGAGCUGAGGUCUAUGGCCAACUAUGUACAAAAAGUUACAUUGAGUUAUACAUGUAAGUUUAUACUUCAGCAUAUCUCUUA